AUGGGUGAUACAAACCAAAACGAAGAAGUGACGGUAUCGACGGAUUCCAUUCAGGUCACAAAUACAGCCAUGUCUGGAGCCGUGCCACCCCCGCCAACAAUAGAAACGAAGGAUGUACCGAAAUCUAAAGAAAAUGAAAUGGAAGGGAGUAUCCAUAUUGAUGACAGUCCGACGCUUCAGGAGACCGUGCCACCAGAAGAGUCGCAACCUAAGGACAGUCCGGAUGAUCAAACCGAACGCGUUCAGACCACAACGGAAACGGAGUAUGAGACCACAGAAGGAGGAACAAGAAAACAUGUGAAAUCCUCAGUGACAGAAAUGAAAGAGUUCUCUCACAAGGUACAUCGCACAGUGUACAAUGAUUCACCGGAUUCAACCAGUGCCAAUGUGUCUGAGUUCUCCGAAGUGCCUCGGGUAAAAGGACGAGUGCCGGUUAAGACCUAUGUAGACUACUCACCCAAAUUACCCCGCACACCCGUGGUAUCCACCGUCAAAGUGCCGAGUCAGCGUCCGGUUUUCAUUGAGCGCACUAUUGAGACCAAUCGACCUGUAGACCCACGCUUGACCAGUAUGGCAGGUGGUUCAUCUUCCGGUCCUACGGGCACAGCGGCUUCCGGGUUUGUGCCACUUCAGUUCCACGAAGAGAUGAAACGAAGCUACGAACGGGAACUUGCAGAGCUGAAGAAUGUUCAAACGACAUCGUCUACCACAGAGUCAAAGAUGGAGUCCAAGGAGGAAAUGACACGACACAUUAUUCAACUGGAAUCUGAUCUACGCGACUCGAAAAAACUCCUACAACCCACUCCCGCCCCGAUUUUCCCCAAUAAUCUAUUCAGCAUGUCAACUGUGCUUGGUGAAGAGAUUAAGAAUUCUCGAAAGAAAUUCGAACAGAUGCUAAACAAGACCGUGCAAAUGGAAAAUCAACUGCGUGCCACACAGGAAAAACUGAAAGAUUACAAGACCAAGAAUAAACAGCUUCUUCGUGCGACGCAAGAUCGUGAAGCGAUCAGAGAAAAGCUACGCGAAGCCCACAAAGAAGUGAAACGCAUGGAAAUGUAUGUGGAAAAGGUGGAGGACGAACGAAACAUGUUAGUANUGUUAGUAAAAGAUUAUGAAAUUCUUCGUCAGUCACACAACCGCAAAGACCAGCAACUGCAAGGUUACAACACGGAUCGUGCAGAAUUGCUUCGGCGAUUGGACAUGCUGGAGUUUGACAAGCGACAAUUGGAGUAUCAGCUGAUGGAAGCCAAACGUCGAGAGCGUUCGAACAAGUAUCGUUCGGGCGGACUGUCCAGUUUGCCGCCUGGGCUGCAAGUUGACAUACCUACUCCAGAAAAUAGGCCAGUCGAUCUGGGAGGCAGACCGAACGGGGCCGUGGAGACUGGGGAAAAACAACAGUCUGGCUGGACACAAGAGGUCGGUGCUCAACUGUCAACUUCAGUGGCAAGAGGUGAAGCUGAAGAUGAUCAGACACUGAGAGAUAGCAUUACUGCGGGUGCUGCUGAAAAUGCAGCUUCCCCGAUGGGCAACGCAGACACACUAACUGUGGAUCCAUCGAGCAAGUUAGUUAGUGCAGCGAGUCCUGCAGACACACUUCAUGGUGCUGAGAGCCCCUCUCGAGGGCAAAAUGAAGGUGGCGUGGAAGAACGCCCGGAACAGCACUCGUCUCCACCAGUUGGUUCGCCGGAAUUACGCAGUGAUCAUCGACGUCAUGAUCGUCCAGGUCGUUUGGCACUUGAGCGAGAUGGUCAAGGACAAAGCCCGACAGAUUCCCAGGAGGACGAAAUCGUAGGACCCUACAUGCACACAUCAAUGUACAUUCCGCAGUUAUACGAUGACGGGCGUCAUUUGUCUUCCAAGAGCUAUCAUGUGAAAAGGAGGACAAUACGUCGACCUCCUGAGUAUGACCUAUCACGUGCCGAAGACUAUCGUGGCGAUUCAUAUCUGCGUUCAAGCCGUUAUCGUCGACCAACUUCAGCCUACGGAUACGUAAGCUCGCGUCAUGUGACUAGGGACAUUGAUGUGUUCCCAAGUCCAAUACCACUCCGUUCGGCCACCAGUAUGGGACGCAAUGUGUAUGUUGAACAUGUACGCAGUCCGGAUCGAGAGUACUCACGAAUGCAUCGAUCUCCGAUACGACGCAGUCACAAGGUCUAUACUCCGUACACAACAACAACCAUGUCACCCGAUCCGUUCCUAUACGAGCCGGUUCGAACUCCUCGAGCCGAAUUGAGUCAUUUGGAGUCCCAGUUGGAUAGUUUGAAACGUGAAAAACGUCGAUUGGAAAGACAGUACAAUGCCACACAGACCGCAAGCUCGCUAACUGACAAUCUGAGACGACGUGAAGAAUUGGUGAGAAUGAGUCGCACUUAUCGUCAUUCCGAAAUGACCCAAUACUGUUAG